AUGGACCCAUUGGACUCUGUCCCAGCCGACGAGGGCAUGCCAUUUGGACGGCUCUGGGCCUUAUGCCCACACGGCCACCGGGAACAGCCCACACGUGCCGCCGUUCUCGCCAAGAAGCAUCGCCGCAACUCCGUAUCGCUUUGCGACAUCGACCUUCUAGCUCUGAGAGGCAUGUACAACACUGCGUUCAGCCCGAUCUGCCGUCUGCCCGACGAAAUGCUCGUCCGAAUCAUGGGCCACCUGGACUGGCUGGACAUGCUGUGCAUCCGCCGCACCAGCCGCAUCUUUCUGCGCCUCUUUGGCCGCUAUGAGUUCUCUCACCUGCACGACAACAACACCGGGCUCUUCGACCUCUAUGCUCCCUGGAUGGUGCCAGCAUUGCCGGUCCAGGACCGGGCCUUGUAG